ACGGUUUUGGAAGCUUUAUGUUGAAGAAGCAAGGUCGCUGCGUGGUUGACAUUUGGACAGGUCCAGCGUGAUGGUGCGGAGCUGCACGCGGGGAACGUGGCUCAGUCUUCGGUCACGCUGUUAGGAUGAGAGCCGCUGGUGACGUUUGUGCUCACUUCUAUUCGGCAGCGGAGCUAAGCAGAGAUCAUUUCCGGGACUUUAGUGAACACUGGUUUCACUGCUAGCCGCCGGUGUUGAGUCUUAAAAAAACAACCAUGAGCUCCGCUCCGAACCACGGUACCGGUACCGGCGGGACUGUGACGGAGGCCGGGCCGCCCGCCGUGGCAGCGCCGGGACGCUUGCAGCAGGUGUUCAGUCACGUCAAAGUUGAGAACCUGAUCGCUGGACUCAGCGGGGGGGUCGUGUCAACGCUGGUGCUGCACCCGCUGGAUCUCGUCAAAAUCCGGUUUGCAGUAAGUGAUGGACUGGAGCUGAGACCCCAGUACAGAGGCAUCAUGCACUGCAUGAAGAGCGUUUGGGCUCUGGAGGGGCUGAGGGGUCUCUACCAAGGAGCAACACCCAACAUCUGGGGUGCAGGAGCGUCUUGGGGCCUCUACUUUUUCUUCUACAACGCCAUCAAGGGAUACACCAAAGAAGGUCGGGACACUGAACUGAGUGCAGGUGAACACCUGGUGUCGGCGGCUCAAGCAGGCAUCCUAACACUUAGCAUCACUAAUCCAAUCUGGGUAACCAAGACCCAGCUGAUUCUGCAGUACGGUUCUGACCCAACGAGUAAGCAGUACAAGGGAAUGCUAGACGCUCUGGUUAAGAUCUACCGCAAUGAGGGAGUUCCAGGACUCUACCGGGGUUUCGUUCCUGGUCUGUUUGGAACAUCUCAUGGAGCGCUGCAGUUCAUGGCCUACGAAGAGCUGAAGAGAGGCUACAAUAAACACAAGAAAGUGCCAUCAGAAGCUAAGCUGAAUGCACUGGAGUACAUCACAAUGGCUGCCCUGUCUAAGAUAUUUGCUGUAGCCACAACAUAUCCCUAUCAGGUGGUGCGAGCUCGCCUUCAGGACCAGCACAACACAUACAACGGAGUUGCUGAUGUCAUUGCAAGGACAUGGAGGAAUGAAGGCGUGACUGGUUUCUACAAAGGCAUCGUCCCGAACCUGAUCCGUGUCACCCCUGCCUGCUGCAUCACCUUUGUGGUGUACGAGAACGUCUCUCGCUUUCUUCUCGGGACAAAAUGAAUCAGGUUGACCUGAGAAAAAUGAGCACAGACUAUUUAAGUGGAACUGACGUGCUGGUGCCAUGUGAACAGUCAGCUGAGUUCGACUGAAGCUGAACAACAAACACUCGGUGAAUCAAUCAACAAUGAGACAUUGUUGGGUUUUGUUUUUCUUUUCUUCUUUUGUGUAAAUUCUGGUUUUAUUGUGAAAUAAGAGCAGAAUCAGCCUCAGAAUCACACGAAGGAUUUGUUUCUUUUUGGAGAAGAAGUUCCUGUCAAAGUGACCUUGGAAGUGUGGCUCAGAGGGGUGUGAACAUUUACUACAAUGAAGGUUUAUUUCAGCACCCAGAAGUAAUGUUUACAUUGUUUCCCUGCAGAAAGAAAACAGUAAAAUAUUUCAACCUUCUCAGGUUUGCAGCUGCUGCUUCAUACGUCUCCCACAUCUUGUCAUAAAAUGGGACAGUUGGUUCCAAAAACAUUUCUUUCAAACAUUUGUUUUAAUCUUGAUGAUUUCUGUGAAAA